AAACCCUCACCGCUUACCUCGCUCUGAAGCCAUCUAACAACCGUACAGAGCCACUGUCGAGGCUGUCUGAGAUCUUAUGCACCGUAACCGGUGCUGAAAGUGUAUGACAGUAGAGGCAGUUUAGUAUCGGAGUGUUCAACAGAGUGUUGAGGAAACUGAACGGACACUGAGCUCACGCGGACCGGACCGGGCGGAAUCUGCGACACUGACACUGACGAACACAUCCACCCCACCAGGAAAACGCGACAUGAAGGAGAAGCAUUUAAUAGAAACAGCCCAAAUGCAGGGAAACGUGAUGGAGCUGGUGGGCAGUAACCCUCCACAGAGGAACUGGAAGGGAAUAGCGAUCGCACUGCUUGUUAUUCUGGUCAUCUGCUCUCUAAUCGUCACCUCUGUCAUUCUGUUGACUCCAGGUGAGGAUGAUAGCCUGGCAUUUAAGGGAAAAGUGACAGUCGAAGAAAUCUUCAAGAAGGACUUCAAGGUUCAUGACCCAAAUGCUAAAUGGAUCAGCAGUAAUGAACUCCUGUAUCGUACCCGUGAUGGCGAUGUGGUCCGCUUUAACAUGGACACCAACGAGAGUACAAUCCUGGUGACCAACAGGAAGUUUGAAAUGUACAAAGCCAGCAAGUAUGAGGUUUCCCCAGAUAUGAGACUCGUUCUGUUGGCCUACAAUGUUAAGCCGGUUUACCAGCACUCGUUCACUGCGGACUACAUCAUUUGCAGUCUGGAAACUCCGGAAACAUGGAUCCUGAACCCUCCAGAAGUACGAAACGCUCAUCUACAGUUUGCAGGAUGGGGGCCACAAGGCCAGCAGCUGAUUUUUAUAUUUGAGAGUAACAUCUACUACCGAGCCACUGUGGAGAACAGAUCCAUCCGUUUGGUUUCAUCUGGGAAGGAGGGUGUGAUAUUCAAUGGUCUGAGCGACUGGCUUUAUGAAGCGGAGAUCUUUAAGUCCCAUAUCGCCCACUGGUGGUCUCCAGAUGGAGCCAGACUCGCAUACGCCACCAUCAACGACACGCUGGUGCCCAAGAUGGAGCUUCCAAUGUUCACUGGCUCUGUAUACCCUACAGCGAGACAGUAUCACUAUCCUAAGGCCGGAGAGGAGAACCCAGUCAUCUACCUUUAUGUGGUGAAUCUCAACGGUCCUCUGCACACCAUUGAGAUGAGAAAACCAGAUGACCAGAGAAUAGGAGAAUGCUAUGUGGCAAUGGUUAAAUGGGCCACAAGUACAAAACUGGCUGUAAACUGGUUGAAUCGAGCCCAGAAUAUCUCUAUCCUGACCCUCUGUGAAGCCACAACGGGUGUCUGCACUAAGAAACAUGAGGAUGAGAGUGAGGGCUGGUUGCACAGACAGAAUGAAGAGCCACUGUUCUCUAAAGAUGGUCUCCGGCUGUUCUUCACCAGAGCGAUCCCACAGGGAGGACGAGGGAAGUUCUUCCAUAUCUCCAUGUCCAUCUCACAGCCCAACAGCAGCACAGAUAGUCUGCAGUCCAUUACAUCAGGAGACUGGGACGUCACGCAAGUGCUGGCAUAUGAUGAGGACAGCCACUUAAUAUAUUUCCUGAGUACUGAGGAUGACCCUAAACGAAGGCACCUAUACAGCGCCGACACGGUGGGCACGUUUAACCGCCGAUGUCUCUCCUGUGAUUUCACUGACAGCUGUGGUUAUGUCAGCGGCUCUUUCAGUCAUAGUAUGGACUACUUCCUGCUCAACUGUAAAGGUCCUGGAGUUCCAUAUGUGGCAGUAUACAGCACUCAUGACAGACAGAAGGUGUGUGAUAUUGAGUUGAAUCUGAACUUGAGGAGAACGGUGGACUCGAUGCAGAUGCCACGUGUGGAAUACAGGGAGAUAAACAUAGAGGAUUACAGCCUCAGUAUGCAGAUCCUGAAACCUGCAGGCUUCAUAGACACCUCACACUACCCACUUCUGCUCCUCGUUGAUGGGACUCCAGGCAGUCAGUCGGUCUCAGAGCAGUUCCACAUUGACUGGGCGUCAGUGCUGGUUAGCAGUUUUGGGGUGGUUGCAGUGCGCUUUGACGGCCGUGGAAGUGGCUUUCAGGGGACUAACUUGCUCCAUAAGGUGCAGCGCAGACUAGGGUUGUUGGAGGAGAAAGACCAGCUGGAGGCCCUCAGCAUUAUGGUACAGGAGCCUUACAUUGACAAGACAAGAAUUGGAGCUUUUGGGAAGGUGUAUGGAGGGUAUAUCACAAGUCUUCUGCUCAGCUCUGAAGAGUCCGUGCUCAAGUGUGCUGCAGUGCUCUCUCCCAUCACAGACUUCACACUAUAUGCGUCAGCUUUUUCAGAGAGAUAUCUGGGUCCUCCCAAGCCAGAUCGGAGAGCAUACGAGAUGGCCAACCUUGCAUACAGAGCAUCCCAGUUCAUCGAUAAGAAGUUUUUAAUCAUUCACCCAACCGCAGAUGAAAAAGUCCACUUUCAGCACACAGCCAAAUUCAUCUCCAGGUUAAUCAGCGAGAGAGCAAAUUACACUCUGCAGAUCUACCCAGAUGAAGGUCACUUCAUUCACAACGAGGGAACACGGCAGCACCUAAGUCAGUCGCUGGUCAACUUCUUCGAGGAGUGUUUCCGGCUCCCAGAGCUUGUGUUUGAGGAGGCGCUGGAGGAGGAGAGUGAAGAGGAGGGUUAGACACCCCAUCCAUGAUGCCCAACCACAAAGCCAGCUCCUUUUGCCACAUAAUAUGCAACCCAUGGAUUUCAGCCCUUCUGUUUUCAGUUUGUUCAGUCAACGGUCCCUCCACACAUUCCGGUGUCGCAUGCUGAUUCUGAAACUCCCCUUCAGGUGCUCCUCACCAUCCAUCAACCCUCUUCAGACUGCAGCCGUGCGGUGCGGCAUGGCAUUUGGCUGGUGCUACAUCAUCCCUCUAAACCCGGUAGGCCAGUUAUGAGCUUCUGAGAGUGUUAUGAAGUUUCUGGCUUGUCCAUCACGUUGACGGAUGAGAGGCUGUGAUAUUAACUGACUGCCGAGUAUGAUGGGCUUUGAAUCCCAAUCGCUGUGAAACUCACAGGAGACUGUGAACGUCUGGAAUUGCAAUAGCGAGACUGAGGGGUCAUUUGGUAUUCGAAUCAAAUAGGUAUUUAGUGUUUUGGGAAUUGUGGGGGGUUGUUGUAGGGAGAAAGUGUCAUGUGUGCUUCAAUCUUCUCAUGUCAAGUUUUGCUCGUGUCUGGUGUUGCAGUGUAAAGUCGCACAUGAAUAAAAUCACUUGGAUAUCGAUAAAGCUCGUUUUCAGUGUUCAAGCGUGUUGCAGUCUUGGAAAUCUUGUAGCCUCAAGUGUGUAUUUAGAUGGUGUUUCUUCAUUGCGAAAACUUCAUCAAGCAGAAGGGGAGUCGAAACAACGAUUAUCAUUAUUCUCGUACACCAUGACAGUUUGAUACGACUGUUGAUGCCACUUCUCAGCAUGCGUUUGGUCUGUCAGUGCUGGAAAAAGCACACUAUCUUAUUUUAGUCACUGUGCCUUAUAAUGGAGGUGAACAAUCUAUACGAGGAGCCUCCGUAUGAAUACCAUGAGUCCUUCAAGGCUUAUGUUUGAUUGACCAUGUCUGUACUUAAAUUCUGACAUCACAAAAUCCAUUAUUGACUGUAAUAGCAUUAUGAUGAAACUGUUAUUAGAAAAUUAUGUUUUUAACACUCUUUAUUUGUGCAUGUGUGAGCUAGUGUUGUUUUACCGGCAACAAAACUCGAACUCGCUCUGCGUCCGGCUAAUAGUGGCUUUCCAUCCACUAUAAGGAUCGAGUAAUGGAGCAUGAAAUUCAAAUGUAUGAUUGCAACAUUACUUGAGUAUUAAACUCUGUCUCUGAGGGUUUAGAAACACUUUUUUUUUGGUCAAUUUGUUGAUACAUGCCCAGAAGUAUCUGUAUAUAGAAGUAAAAUGAGUAGUGUAGAAAAAUAUGAAGAGUGUUUAAGGAAAAGUUUGCCCAAAAAUGAAAAUUCACUUACUCAUGUGCACGUCGUUCCAACCAUGUAUGACUUUUGAAUGUGCUGUGGAACACAAAAGGAGAUAUUUUGAAGAAUGUAAUGCUCCUGUUAUCCAUUAAAUGAAAGAAUAACGUGACCAGAGACUGUCAAGCUCCAAAAAGGACAACAAAAACCUGCACCUGUUGCUUCAAUUCUAAAGACAUUUAUAGAAUGAUCUUAAAUAUGAACGUUCAGAAAAACAUAUUCCCACUUUAUAAAAUCACAAUUUAUCUUAAGUUAUUCAUUUUUAUUAUAAAUAACAAAUACAUUCAUUGAGUGCGUUUACUAUAAAUUCUUCAUACUACAUUCUUCAACCAAUGGCUAUAUCAUUGCUAAACCUUGACUCCAAAAAGAGGUUUACAUGCUCUUUUACAUGUCAUAAAACAUGGCAACCGUGUUCUGUAUCAAAUGCAUAUUCUAUUCUCUUGUGCUCGCUCUUGCCAUAAAUUAUGCUGUGGAUAUCCCAAAAAAAAGCAUUUACAUUACACUUACAUAAUCUAAAUAUAACCACAUUCUGACUCAUAUCGGAAUAUUCUCAUUUAUUACUACAUUUAGUCAGUCACUGACUAUUAGUACUUGCAUCACUAAAAAUAAAAAUCAUGUCAGUGUGGCACACUGGAGUAUGAGCACAAAAAAUAUUUGUAGGCAUGUUUGUCAGUUGACGUACAAAUAAAAAACAUUUUCACAUCAGUUUCUGCCUUUAUAUCACGAUUUGCUCCUCACUUUUGACGUUGGAUCAAUCCAUGGAAUUUAGGAUCAAAUCUGGUCGUAUGUACGAUAAGGCCCCAUGUUUUGACAGCAUUGGUUCUUGAAUGUAACAUGAAGGGCAUGACGUGCCAAGUUUGCGCGAGAAUGAUUGAGAUUUGAGAGGGAAGAUUUUUUAUAUCUACUAUAACAUAAAGCUCUUGUAUGACUUUAGAAAACUUUCAAUAUUGCACAUGACAUAAAAUGUUCUAUUUUAUUUUUUCAUUUUUUGGAACUUUAAAGUAUCCAUCCUAUUUACCUUCAUUAUAUGGAAAAAGCAGCAUGAAAUAUGUUCCUAACAUCAUUCUAUUUAUUUUUUGGAAGAAUAAGUCAUAUGAAACGACAUGAGUGUGAGUAAACUUUUCAUUUAUGUGAGAACUAUAUCUUUAACACUUGUGAAAUACAGUACUGUGCAAAUGUUUCGCAUAACAGCUGUGGCCAACUCACUGUAGUUUGCUCAUUUUCAUUAUUUAAGUCCUAAAAAUUAUUUAUGGUAUUUGUAUGGAAAUUGGUCUCAGUGCUUUGCACAGUACUGUAUAUGAACUGUUAUCGGUUGUACUUUUUGCAUAUAAAAGCUAUUGAGGAUGAAAUGUGUUUUAUUUAGUUUGAAUGAUAUGUUCAUGUUAAACUUGAUGCAUUCAUAGUGCAUGUCGAAAAACCAUUUGCAACUUAAAAGCUAUUUUUUAAAACUGGUCAAAUAUGUGCAUAGUAUUUUUGACGGCUUGAAUGUUCUUUACCGACCUGCAUAUCAUUUCCGGUAGUUUCGUAAGUGAGAUCUCAGUCUUGUCUGCUUAAUGUAUAAAUGUUACUCAAAUAUAAUUUAAGUCUCUGAAUAUCUGAGUGUUUCUUGUACAUAAAGCAUUUGAAGGUGUUUUAUUCUACUGUAUCAAGGGUAAUGAAGGUCACGUUACUAUGAACUGAAAUGUGCGCAAUGACAGAUAAUCAUAUGGGACCAAGAGUAUGAUGGGAUGAGUAGGCAUCUGUGUGACAACUGUCAGAUUACAAACUAUUUUAUCAUCACCUUUGUUAUGAUUUGUUUUGAACCUCAGUUGGAGAGAAAAAAAAAGGACAAAUACAUAAGUAACCAAAAUAAACUGAAAUCCUUCAUCGCUGCUGUCCCGAUGUCUUGAUUGAUAACAGUGAAUUCAUUCAAGUAAUAAAACACAAAGA